AUGGGAAAGAGCUUCAACUUUUCUGGCUGGUUGCAACCAUUUCUUGCAGAGAUUCAAAAUCAGAUAUUGAGAAGGGCAAGCCAUCUAUGUAAUGUUACCAAUUCACUGGAAUUUGAAUUUGAUGUGAGGUGUGAUAAAGAAAGAGCAAACGAAAACGAAUGGAGCAACUUCAACGCUGUGUCAUCCUCAUUGUGUCGAAUUCAAGCUGAAGGGCCUGCAAUUUUGAAGCCUGAAGGAAGAAGGAUCUAA